AUGUCAACACAAAGAACCACCCGAAAAGCUACCCACGAACAGAUCUCCAAGUCCAGAGUGGUGAAUGCAUCUAUCUUGACAUUUUUGACUGUACUCAUUUUCCUCAUAUUGUUGUAUCAUUUGGUGUGGGCUGUGCAAGUUAUGAUGUACCAACCAUAUGGUAACCUUCUCAACAACAUAGUCUAUGGACCUGGGACGUUGAUUGCCAAUGCAGGACUAAGUUCAAAAUUGAUCAAAUAUAUCAACGAAAAGUUGGUCGAAGAUAAAAUAGAGGCAGACUACAAGAAAUAUAUAUGA